UCAUGAAUAUAGUCAAAAAUCCAAAACUAGAAAGCUGCAAUAAAUACUCGUCGUCGUCCCUCAUAUCUUAGAAAGUCCUCCGAGUACAGCUAGCUAGCACUGUCAAAUCACAAUAAUGGCUUCAACUUCAUCUUCCAGUCUCACUUUAUCAUCUUCUUCCAACACCAUUGUUGAUCGCAGAGCUCCCAGAAACUCAUCAGCUCCUUCUUCUCCACAAUGCGUCAGCAUUCCCCCUCUCGCUCCUCCUGCCUCCCUUCCCUCUCUCAUCCCUCCAUGGAAGGCCACUGCUUACUGUCGCAAACUUGCUCGGAAUGUUAUGGCUAUGGCGACCGGAGAGGCUUCCACGGAGGUGGCCAUCACGACUGAGCCGCCAGAAUUUCUCAAGACUGUUCAGGAAACUUGGGAGAAGAUUGAAGAUAAGUAUGCAGUGAGUACAGUGGCUGUGGCUGGAGUGGUUGCUUUGUGGGGCUCAACUGGUGUCAUCUCAGCAAUUGAUAGGCUUCCUUUGAUUCCUGGAGUUCUUGAGGUCGUUGGCAUUGGCUACACUGGGUGGUUUGCAUACAAGAACCUAAUUUACAAGCCGGACAGGGAAGCUUUGCUGCAAAAGAUAAAAGACACGUAUAAUGAAAUAAUUGGGAGCAGCGGCUAGACUUGUAAGUAAAUGUAUUCUACACGAUCAAAUUAAUAAUGUGGUUAACUCGUUACGAUCAACGUAACCAUGCUUCAUUUUGUUAAUCCUAAUUAGGUGUCUGUAAUAAUGACCAUAAUUUGUAUAUUAAAAAUAAAUGCAACUUUUUAUUUUUAUGUAUUUUACAUUUGGGUUAA